UUUCAAAAGAUGAACUCCAUUAUCUGAACGUAACUCGAAUUGGAAUAUUAACUUUGUUCAACCCUUUAGAUUGCCUAUUUGCAUGUGUAAGAAAUACUUUAUGCCUCUCGGUAAACAUGGCCGCCCCCAAAGAAGGAGAUGGAAAGCUUUGGUGUGAAUUGUUGUCUUCUGAUAAGUACAAAGACGCCGAGAACUACAACGAAAACAUGAGUUCACAUCACUUCUCUACUCUGUCUCCUUGCUCUUCUUCGCUAUGUCAAAACGGAGGAACAUGCGUCCCAAAUUACAAAUACACUUCUUACAAAUGUGUCUGUGAAGCAGGUUUCAUGGGAGAGUUUUGCGAGAAAGCUAUUACGUCCUGCAAGGAGCUCUAUGACUUCAAUAGGCCCAAUGUCAGUGAACUUGUUACCCUCCGCCUGGAGUUUAAACCAGUCUCCGUUCUCUGUCACAUGGGAGAUUUUGGAUGCGGAAAUGGAGGAUGGACGCCGGUCAUGAAGAUUGACGGCACCAAGAACACCUUUCAUUACAACAAGACUUACUGGAGUAACAAAAUUGAAUACAACCUUCCUGGAGGGGAGUCUGGCUUUGAUUCACAGGAAACAAAGUUACCGACCUACUGGAAUACAUCUUUCGCCAUGAUUUGCCUCGGUAUGAAGAUUGGACAACACGUCAGGUUCACUGUCAUUAACACGCAGGCCGACUCUUUGUACUCACUGAUCGCUGACGGUCAAUACCGCGCCACAUCAUUAGGUCGAGAAACGUGGAAGGAUCUGAUUGGUUCAGAUGCCUCCUUGCAGUUAAAUUGUAAUAAGGAAGGAUUCAAUACUGGUAAUAUUCACCGUUAUAGCAAACACCAUUCUAACGCAAGAAUUGGCAUCGUUGCUAACAAGGAGGAUAACUGCAAAAGCUGUGACUCCAGGAUUGGGUUUGGUACAGGGGGGUAUCAUGAAGACGCUGUGACGUGUGGUAACGUGGCAGAAAUAGAUGGAGAUAAUGGAGACAGGCGUACCCCAGCCAUGGGGUACAUACUGGUGCAAUAAUACCUGUACUCUCAAAAGGAAGCAGCUCAAACAGAUAGAUAAUUUAUUCAAUAGAAACUCCUCAUGGGGCUUUCUAGUCACUAUUUACAUGCGACUUAAAUUAAGAUAUAUUAAAAUGAACUAACUGAUUAGAAGAAACUGUAUCUUAAGUAAGUAUUUAAAAAACUUUGAGCGUGGAGCAGGCUCGUCUUCUAAGCUGAUCUAGAUGUUAACAAUUCCGUAAGUAAAUGCUCUUUGACCAGCAGCCGUGUUAAACUGUGGUAUUUAUAGGUUCCACUGUACUUACCGUUAGGGGUUCUGCCAAACAGAAAUACAUUUUCUUUA